ACACUCCACACUCCACACUCCACACUCCACAGUCUCUUCUUCAGUCUCCCAAAAAUGAGUAACCCUAACCCUAGAGUGUUCUUCGACAUGACUAUCGACGGUGCACCGGCAGGUCGGAUCGUGAUGGAGCUAUUCGCCGAUACGACACCGAACACGGCCGAGAAUUUCCGAGCUCUCUGUACCGGCGAGAAAGGAGUCGGAAAGCUGGGUAAGCCACUCCACUACAAAGGAUCGACCUUUCACCGUGUGAUCCCUGGAUUCAUGUGUCAGGGAGGCGAUUUCACCUCCGGGAACGGAACCGGAGGCGAAUCGAUCUACGGCACUAAGUUCAAAGACGAGAACUUCAUUAAGAAGCACACCGGACCUGGGAUUCUAUCCAUGGCUAACUCUGGUCCCAACACCAACGGAUCUCAGUUCUUCAUAUGCACUUCGGUGACCUCGUGGUUAGAUGGAGCGCACGUUGUGUUUGGACAAGUCGUUGAAGGUAUUGACGUGCUGAAGCCGAUCGAGAGAGUUGGAUCUGAGUCCGGGAGGACUUCGAAGCUUGUGGUCGUCGCUGAUUGUGGACAGCUUGCUUAGAACUGACUGAGAGAGAGAGAGACUUAAAUCUUAUGAGUAAUGGUAUCUUGCUUUUAAUUGUUGUAUGUUCUUCUUGUUCUGAUUCUGUUUGGGGUUUUAAGUCUCUGAUUUGGGAUCGUUUCGAGUUUGUAAAACCCUUCCCUUGUGUGGGGUUUCUGAAAUUGACUACUUUGAAUAAGGUUUGUAGAUAUA